AGAGACAAUGACAACUCACAAUAAAUCUUUAUAUUGCGAAAGUUGUAGUCGAUAUCCCUAUGUCGGCAGAGUAUCCGUAGGAGAAGAGGAUAGUGUUGACUUCAUCUAUCAAUUUGCGAAGAAAAGAUUUGUUGCCGUAGACCACAAGAGUCUUAGCAUAUUCCAUACUGCCCCUGACAUAAUUGGGCCACCCAAAUUUCAAAAUUACGGACAACUAUUUCAUUUACCAAUUCCUUUUUGUUAUUUUGAGAUGCUAGAAACUGGUAUUUCAAUAUCUCCAUGGCAAAACAAAAAUUUCAUGAGAUCCACUAAUAGAGCCAUAUCAUAUUACAUGUACGAGUUUGAUGCGACAAAAAGAUAUAUUGAUAUCGAGUUUCAUGAAGCUGUAUAUCCAAUCAGAGUCUGUAUUUACGAAAUGUGUAAUCCUGGAAGCGUAAUUCAAAUUUUGGCUCAAGAUUCCAAUAAUCACUGGAUUCAGUUGUGGGAUGAAAAGUUUCUGAUUGUACCCCCGAAAUCAAGAUUAUUUUCUCCACCGUUGUCGCAUCCGUGUAACUUUAAAACUAAAAUGCUCAGACUAGUGUUUAGUGACAGCACAGAGACAUCUGAUACAAAACUAGAUGCUGUGAUGCUCAUUGGCACAUCAGAUUUGAUCCUUCCUAGAAAUCCUAACGAGAGUUUAAGUAAUCUGUUGAAAAGAAUUAACAGCAUGUACUCUUUACACCACGACGAUGUUCAUAAUUUAACAGCAGAUUCAAAAAAUGCACACUUGGAUGUAGUUCAUCUGCAACAGAAUUUUUCCAAAUACUGUGUUAUUUGUAAAAGCGACAUAAGAAGGGUUUCUUAUAAGAAUAAUUUGAAGCACAACAAGGCAUCUCAAGAGAUAAUACCUUAUGUGCAACCUAACGGAGAGAAGAAUUCGCGUCAUAUUUUAUUGAAAAAAUUGGAUCUCAAAAAUUGGCUCAACAUAGACGAUGAAGGAUUUUCGUAUCUCGAGGGACUAAAUAAUUUGGAACAUUUAAACCUUUUUCGUACUGGCUAUACUAGUAUAAGAACCGAACGUUUUUGCAAGAUAUUGCAAAAUAAUCGACGGAUGCGUCAGUUAUCGGCAGAUAGCGACUUAAUAAACGAUGCAGUUCUAAUAGAGUUGGGAAAUUCGUGUUGUGACUUGGAA